AUGCCGAUAUUUAUCAGCGUUACGCUAUUUGUUGUUCUGUUACCGCCCAGUUUGGUGCAAUGGAAAACUAAUCAGCGACAGCAGAGAACUAGAAAUCAUGUUCUUUCAAAAGCAUUUGUUGUCUUUCGUAAUGCACUACUCAUAAGAUUGCUGAAAAUUCGUCGACAGCUCACGACCGCUUUCGCCCUUAUUGGGGCUCAUCAGCUGCCUCAUAUUUCAGUUGCUACGAUAUCUGAGAUAUCGCAGUACAUUUUCAUGAAGGAAACUACUCAAAAGGCUGCUGAAAACUCUUCGACAGCCCACGACGGUUUCGCCCUUCUUGGAGCUCAUCAGUUAGGCACAGUCCAGAGUUCCCGCCAAACUUAUGUUAUACUUGAACCCAAAUUAAACUGGUUUCCUUUAUGA